GAACUACAAGCAGAUCGAUCUCUACAGUACUUCUGCCUACAGUAAAUUCCCCCUCCCCGCCUUCAAUAUGCCUGGAAUCAUUGCUACUGAUGAUCGUAAAAUUCUACGCAAAAUUUUGAUCCCUGUUGAUGGUACACCAGAAUCACAAAGUUCACUGGUUUGGUAUGUGAAUAAUAUGAAACGUAAAGGUGACCUGGUUAUCUUUCUACAUGUGGUUAUCCCUGUCCUCCCAUCUGCUUUAUCUGGAUUGUCAAAAGAAAGUGAAUCAAUGCCAGCUGGAUCUGCUUACUACGUACCAGAGAAGAAUAUGCAUGGUGCACAAACUGUAUGUCAACAUUUAAUACACGAAGCACAUCGUUAUGGCGUGACAUCAGAAGCUUGUAUACAAGUUGAUACAAAACCUGGUCCAGCUAUAUUGAAAAUAAUUAGAGAACAAAAUAUUGAUAAUGUGGUGAUGUUUAAAAGAAAUCUUGGCUUUUUUAAACGUGCUAUCAGCGGUAGUGUUAGUUCAUAUGUGAUGAAUAAUUCAAAUGUGGCGGUAUCAAUUGUAUCAUCAGUGCAUAAUUGAACGUAUACAGACUACUACGGCAUUCUGUGAAAAGAAAAGAGAAAAAGCACAGAUUAUUUUUACUAGAUGAGCAUUUGAACAUUAAUGUUAUAACUUUUAUCUUGUUAUUAUUAUUAUUAUUAUUACCGUUUUAGCUGUUAUUCCUAAUGACAUUAACGUUCCUUCUUUUAAUACGAACACAUACUGAAAAGCUGAAAGCUAAAACGGAUUUUUCUGUUUUUUUUCAAUUACAACUCAAGUUUACCUAUUACGUAACAAUAUGGAUUAUUUUGUUCCUUUGUUUUUCUGUUUUAUUUUUUAAAUAUAAAUCAUAUUUUUUAUUUGGAUUGAA